AUGAAGAACGCCCUUGCGCUCAAGUAUCUCGCAGAGAGCCUUGUGCUCCAGAUGGUGGAUAUCAACAAGGGUAUGAAGAGCAGUUAUCUCAUCCCGAGACCGAUCAACAAUCCCACGAGCUACCCUUAUCUCGUUACACAGAGAUGUCAAAGAUCUCUCGUUCUCAAGCUGAGCAAAAGCAAACUCAGCUCGAUGCUUCAAGACAGUUUCCGCCAGUUGAAGAGGCCUGUCCCGCUCAUGCUCGAGGUCGCCGUGCAACGCAAGGGGUUACGCGAUCAAAGAAGCUCUCGGGAACACACGGAUCCCCAUGAUCGUGUAGAGAGCGUCUUUCCUCCUCCUCCACCUCCAUUAGAGGACUCUCGCGGUGGCCAGCGCUAUCUGGUUAGAGCAGCUGUUGAACCACCGCGAUGUGAACGGACGUCGGACGAGUUAUCUCGUCCGGUGGCGCGGCUUAUCCCCCAUCCUAGGAUACUUGGGAGCCCCGCUCCCAACUGA